CUCUGCGCAGUCUGUCCGUCCGUCGGCUUACUCGUCGCUCGCGCGUUGGCGGCAAAAUAAUCGCGUCCGACCCCUCACUGUCGUCGUCCGCGUCGGUCGGUGUGCGUGCGGCGUGACACACACGCGGCGGUCAAAAUAUAUCGUCUUCUCGUUGUUUAUUUGUAUUUUUUAUGUCUCCAUAAGCGUCCUAUACAGAAUUAUUAUUAUAUGACAUAAAUAAUGCGAUAAUAAUAUAAUAAUCGUUUAUUGUGCGCAUACCUCCCACGCGAUGUGCUCUUACGACCGUUGUGACAUCGUGGAUUAUUGCGGGUAAAUCGGCGUUGGUCCAAUCCGAUACAAAUACAGCCCAUCAUAACGUCGUCGUAUUGUCUAUAAUAUUGUCUGUACGUCGUCUUUCGAAUGGUAGUCAUACUUAUCGUGCCUGCACCGACGUCGCCCCCCGAUAAUGGUGCUGGGAGGUACGGCGGAGUUGUCGACCCGGCCAAGAGCCCCGGUGAUAGGUCCACCUCGACCACGUCCAUAUCGUUCGUGUCGUCUGAUAACUCGUCGUAUUGUUUUUCGCAGGUCGAUCCGGACAAUCUGAUUGCCACCACCAAAGAAGAAGAAUGGGUGACUAAGAAAAAAGUUGAAUUGACUACCAAAAAACAAAUCGAAACCAGAGUUAAAAGACAAGUUGUGUUGGAAGACGGUAAAAUCGUCGAAGACUCUGGGCCAAUAGUUACGACUAAUACGACUGAAGAUACAGAAAAACAGGAACAUCAACAAACCGAACAUCGUCAAUUGGGUGACGAAGGUGACGGAGAAAAUACCAAAGAAGUUGUCGUGAGAAUAUCUUCAUUGGAAGGUAACCCAUCAUUGCUGAAAGAAGUUCGAGAGAAAAAAAUCAAGAGUCGAGAAGAAAAAGAAGAACUUGUAGAAACAGAGGAUGUGGUUCACCUAGGAAAUAUCAGCGAUAAGGCCUAUCAAGAAGCAGUACAAAGUAAACGAGACAUCCGUGAAGCUCUCGAAGAAGCCAAUCACAAAUUGGUUCACGUAAACAGCACUGGACCCAGAGUAGUGCAUCAGAGUACCAAAAACAAGAAAGUAACAGAUACAGAAGAUACUAGACAUACAAGAGAAGUUCAAAAAGAUGGUAAAAUCAUUACAGAAACAUCAAAAACCACCGAACACGAAGAGGUAAACGGUGUUGAUGAACCAGACAGUGUUCCUUUGCCGCCCUCAGCACUACAAGAGUCGUUGCGUGAAAGUUCACAUCGAUACGCCAAGACUAAAGAUCAGGAGUUGGUUGAGUAUUUAGCGGAUGGUGAAAAGAUUGGAGAACAAAUGCGUUACGAAGCGAUCAAUGAAGAAGGAGAUCGACUUGGCGACGUCAACCAACUACAGAUGAUGGCAAAUGCGGGUGAAUUGGCAGGCUGGGAGAGCUUAUCGGAAAGAAUACGCAAGAUGCGUGAUAGACAACAGCAUCCGGUUGCCGGGAAAACGCUUGCGGACUUCGAUGAAGAAGAACGAACUAGAAAAGUGGAAACAGCUAAAUGGCUAGAGCAUCAUUUCGGUAGCGAAUCAACCAGGUCAUCUACAGGAAACUUAUCAGAAGAAGAAGAAGAUGAUCGAGGACAUCAAAAGACCACGUCCAAUAGUUUCAUAAAUGUAACUAUGAAAUCAACAGAAACGCCAGCAAAUGGAUACUUCAAAGGAGUGUCUGAGUGGAAAAAUAAUGAAUCUACUCCUAUAAGACCACCAAUCAGGAGAAAAAGAGAACAGAAAACCGAAAUUAUUAAAAACACUGUUAACGAAUUAGAGUCAUCUCCAUUGUUCAAUUCAGUCCAACAAAGGGUCCAGGGAUAUGAAAUGACAAAAGAUAAGUUGUCUGGACGUAAUGCGAUAAAUGGUUUUAAACAAUCGCAUCACAACGGAUAUGCUCAGACCUCGGCUACUGUCGACAGACGUCACGACUCGACCGAAUCGCCGGUGCCGUCGGACCCGUACCGGUCGUGGGACCAACGCCGGCGGCGAUCGGCGGACAGCCACCGCAAUAGCAAAUCGACGGCCGCAGUGGCGCCAGAACCGAAACCAGACUAUUCGCCGGAACCCGAACGGCGGGCCAGCAACGGGUCGUCGACGGCGGGCGGACGAUCGAAAAAGGUGUACCAGAAGACGAGGUUUGCGGCGGACGCGCGACCGGCGCCCGAAAACGGCGGAAACGGCAAACAGGAGCGGAAGAAGUCGUUCGGCGAAUCGUUCCGGCGGCUGGUGGGCAAGUUCACGGGCGGCGGGCACGGCAGCAAGUCGGACGCCGAUCGGAAGAAUAAAAACCGUAAGAAACCGGAAUCGGCCGAGCGACGGCACGCCGACAGCGGCGACGACGGCGACUACGGUUACGACGGCGAGAACACCUACAGGAGUUACGACGGCGGCGUCAGACCAGUCGCCGACCGCCACCAGCGAUUGUUCGGCAGCACGCAGACGUUGGACCGACACCGAGCCGGACGGACGGCCAACCACAACCGCAGCAGUAGCAAGGUUCGCGACGACGAUUACGACGAAGACGACUACGACGACGACGACGACGUUCACCGGUACAACGAGCACCGCAGUCAGGACAUCAGAGGAUCAUCGCCUGUGAUGAACGGCGGCGGCGGCAGGACUAGCAACGGAGUGCACAGGUACUACUUGGGCGAGGACCCUUUUGGCGGCAGUAUUUACGGCCGCGAGAGGGAAUACGACGGCGGCAAGCGCAGACCACACAAGAAGAACGGCAGCAGCGGCACUUACGACUCCCCGCAACAUCAUCACCACAGCACUCAUUACGUCCAGAGGACUAUACCAGUGAACACGACCAGUACUACAUUGGGUCGGUUUAGCAAGUCUACAGGACGUUUGUUAUCCGACGAUUACAACAGUAGCGUAUCGGAUAGAGCUCAAACGCUGCCAAGAAAACUCCGAACGGAGAGCAAAAUAAAAAAGCAGGUGCACGCGUCCCGGGAGAACGAUUACGGCGGAGUUACGAACCGAUCGGCAGCCAACUCCGGGAGCAUGAUCAACGUAUCGUUCGCCAACGGGCCGACCAAGCCGCAGCGGACGUUCUCGAAACCGUCGCUGCUCCGGAGCCAAAGCUUCAACGUUCAACCGGACCCGGGACACCAGACGCGCCGGUCGAUCAGCACGCUGCACCGGCUUGAAGAGUCGCCGCCGCCGCUCAAGAGCCCGAACAUCGUGAGCAUGUUGAGCAGGAGCACCAAGGACCUGUCGGUGGGCGCGGACGACGGGUACAGAUCGCUGUCGGGCAGCUGGGCCAGCCCGGGAGAGCUGAGCAACGGGGGCGGCGGCGGCGCGAGCACCGCGUACCGGCGGGACGAUCCGAAGAAGAAGAUCUUCAUGAAGGGCCUGCUGGACCACGCGCCCGAGCUGUACAAGACGCUCAGCCACCAGGAGGACACGACCACCAGCACCACCACUGGCCGGCGGUAUUCGCCCGUGAAGAUGGACAGGCCGUACUCGAGCAGCGGCCACUCGUCGUCGCCGACCAUCAGGCACGGCAGCGGCGGCGAGGUGACCAAUCGGAGCGUGACGCGCCGCGGCAGCAAGGACGAUUACACCGAGACGGUGAGGAUCACGUCCAAGUCGGACGACCCGUACCGGCCGAGCGUCACCAACACGGUGCAGAACUUCACCAAGAAAAAGGUGCCCAGGGACGGCCGGGUGGAGACCAUCGAGUCGACCGAGACCAAGACGGUGACCAAGAGUCGGUACAACGGCGGCGACGCCAUCAACGGGUACAAUAACGGCAUCGGUGGCGGCGUGGUGAUCGAAGUCAGGAACGGCAGGAACUGAUUUAUUUCAAAGCGAUACGGUGAAACCUCUUAAUACCGGACACUGUCGGCAGGUUUUGUCCGUACUUCAGAACGAUUUGCGGUUUCCAGGUGUUGAUCCCCCCCCCAAAAAAAAACGUCCGCUAUUCGGGGAUGUCUGUGUUAUUUGGGAGGUUUUACUGUAUAACGAUAAUACGAUAAGUCAGCCGUUUAUUAUUAUUAUUGCUAUCGUCGUCGACACGUAGUCGAUCGUUAUUAUAAUAUUAUAAUAUAAUAUAAUACUAUGACGUAUAUAUACAAUAUAAUAAUAUACUUAUAUAUUAUUACUAUUAAUAACUAAAAUAAAAAUAUUAUAAUUUAUACGAGAAAAUAACGAAUCGAUAAUAAAAUAUAAUAUACAAUAUUAUUGUUGCUACUGGUUGAUACCUAAUAUAAUAUUUUGUUAUUAGCUCUAUAAUACACCUAGUACCUAGGUAUACCUAUAAAUAAUAUAAUAAUAUUAUGACAUAAUCGUAGAUCAAGAUCACAGUUGUAAGGUCUAUGAUCAUAAUCGUUAAUAUAAUUAAACGUAUAUUUUAUUUUUUGUAUCUAAUUGUUUUUAACAUAUCUAUCAUUGUAUUAUUAUUAUUAUUAUUAUGCAUAGUUAAUAAUAAUAUCGUAAUAAUAUAAUAUUACACUAAGGCAUCGGCAACCAAACAGGUGCCAUUAAUACAUUUUGUGUUUUACUUUAUUAUUAUACUUACUAAUGAAAAAAAAUAUAAAACUGUCCAGACUAAUUUAUUUUUAAUAGAUAUUAUUUAAGAUUAGUUAAUUGUGUCAAACACAAAUGUAAGUACUAAAAAAUUGUAAAUAAUUAUUGUUUUAUUAUAAUAUCGCUCAAUAAUUUUGUGAUUUUUUUUUUUUUUUAUGUACGCUACGAGCGAUUUUAUGAAUGUAAGAGUAAUGAGUAAUAAUAAAAAUUAACUCAACUCGUGUA